AAUUUGAUGUCCGGCCAUUGUUUUAUUCAAAAAUAAAUUGCGGAGGCUUCAAAAAAACUUUAACACAAGAAGGGAUGCACAAAUUCAUAUUAAGCAACAAGUCUAAACAAAUCGUAUCAAAAAACACAUUUAAUGUAGAGUAACGUGAAGUGUUAAAGAAAAAAAAUCAAUAAUUUCCCAUAUGUUGAAAAUGUUUUCAUAAAAGAGAUUUCUUUAAAUCUUGCCUUAAUGUGCUAUAAAGCUUCACGAUUACGUUCCGAGGAAAAUGGAAAAUAUGGGUCGGUUGCGUAAAACCACCAGUGCAGGUUAUGACACUCAAUACUUGUUAAAAUCUUCUCCUAACAUAUUGGAAAACUUUUCUUACGAAGAUUUUCAAGUGAAUUUCGAUCGUACGCAACCCAAACGUAUGACAUCACCACCUACACGUUAUCCAAAUCGUAAACGUUCCAAAUCGCCUCUGUUCUGCGAAACACUGGAACGUCAUGCCUUUAUGCAGAAUGUCAUUAACACCAAACGUCUUAACAGCUAUGAAACGCGCUAUUCCUCGCCCAGUGAAAAAGAAGAAAAUGUUCGGCGCAGCUUAGGAUCCAUAUCCAAAGAUAUAAAGGAAAUUGAGGAAUUUCUGGCGGCUACCGAGAACGUUAUGCGCGAGGAAAAGGAAAUGGAAUUGCUAAUGAAAAAGAUGCGUUACAAAGAAGGUAGUCCGAAUAAAGAAAACAAAAUGCCGUCUCCAGUUAAUGGAUCUCGACGUAAUUCCAUUAAGAAUACUACUUAUAAAAUUAAUUCUUUUAAAAAUCGACGUUCCAAGCCGGGUUCACCGCGUCUAAUACAUUCGCGUUUAUAUUUUCGGAACGGUCGUAUAGGAUGUUUGGAGGCAGAAAAUGCGACCUCAAACGUGGAAAGUACUCACGCCUUAGUGAAACAUAUUUUGAAGUAUGAAAACGAGAAACCCUUGGUUAGCCCCGAGAGUGUUCGAAAAGUGUUAAUUGGUGAUAUUAAGAACGCAACAGCAGCUCUAUCUGAACCAAAUUCUCCAUUGCAAACCAAAGGAGCGCCCAUUGACGAGAGUCACACCUCUUUACCCGGUCAAGUGGACAUUGACGUGGAACGAGGCAUUGAAUUGAAACCUUUAAAAGAAGAAGUUGACAGAAUUACCGGCAAGUUAAUCUUACAAGCUGAAGAGACAGCUGCACAAAAAUCGCCUCAAACAGAAUCACAGUUGGUCGAUGAAGAUGAACAGGAUGUGCGAAUUUGUUAUGACGAAUUACCGGAAGUGCUUAACGAACAAGAAAAUACAGCAGCGCUUAUGGAUAGCGAGAUAGAUGUCGUAGAUCCGAACACUCCAAUCAAUGUUUGCGUUAAUCGUCUUUCGAGCGCUGGUAGUUUAGAUUCGGACGGCCAGCAAUUUUUAAGGGAACAAGUAAGACAUUUGGUGAGACGUUUUACGGCCAGAGCUAAUAAAGUGAAGUCACAACUAGAGUUGCCGCCUACUCCGUCGAGCAGUACUACGUCUCCUUCACCCUCGCCCUCUGCUCCACCGCAGAGCGCAACGCGCGCUUGGAGUGAAAAGGGAGAAAAAUCUCCAGAGAAAAAAUCGAACGUUGUUAACCCUCAAAAAACCCCUAAUAAAAAUCGACCUUUUGAAGCUGAUAAUUCACGUUCCAGCAUGUGGCUUUGUUCCAGCCUUUGCGGCAGCAAUGAUGACCAUAAUACCUUGGAUCCGCAAGGUAAAAUAUAUAUUGCCUGGCUUUCCGUCGUCUCCAUAUCGUUUCUCUACAAUGCUUGGGUUAUACCUCUGCGAUCCACAUUUCCCUUCCAAACUCCCGAAAACACUAACACAUGGCUAAUUAUGGAUUUCUGCGCCGACAUUAUUUAUCUAUUGGACGUGGUCUUCUUCAAGCACCGCCUCAUGUAUUUGUUCGAGGGUUUUUGGGUUAAAGAUAAAAAUCUUACUCGUAAAAAUUAUAUGAGGAAAUUACAAUUCAAGCUGGAUUUAUUGUCGCUUUUGCCCUUGGAACUGCUGUAUUUCAAAUAUGGCACUAUAGCCGUUUACUUGAGAUUUCCUAGAUUUUUUAAGGUUCAAAGUUUUUGGGAAUUCUUCAAGUUGCUCGAUCGCGUCAUAUCUUCUCCGCAUAUUGUGCGAAUUACGAAAACUCUACUCUAUAUGCUAUAUAUGAUUCACCUAACCUCCACGCUUUAUUAUGCGUACAGUGCUUAUCAAGGUGUGGGAGUAAACCGCUGGGUUUUCAAUGGUAAAGGCCAUCCGUAUGUGCGCUGUUUCGUUUUCGCCACAAAAACGGCCACUUCCAUAGGGAAAAAUCCUAAGCCGGAUCGCGAAGGAGAGUACGUCUUUAUGACCGUAGCCUGGCUAAUGGGAGUGUUCGUGUUUGCCUUACUUAUUGGACAAAUCAGAGACAUCAUAUCAACGGCUACUCGCACAAAAAACGAAUAUCGCCAACUGGAAGAUGAGACAUUGGAGUAUAUGCGUCGCUUGAAUCUUUCUAAAGAAACCCAAAAACGUGUGAAGAUGUGGUUUAAGUUUACUUGGGAUCAACAGCGCACUCUCGACGAAUCUAACAUCUUGGAUUCCUUGCCAAUUAAUUUAAAAACUGAUAUCGCUAUUUCGGUGCACAUACAAACCUUAUCGAAAGUUCAGCUCUUCGCAGAUUGUGAAGAGGCUUUACUCCGUGACUUGGUUUUGAAAUUGCGCGCCGUUACUUUCCUACCCGGAGAUUAUGUGUGUCGUAAAGGCGAGGUGGGCCGCGAAAUGUACAUAAUCAAAUUGGGACAAGUUCAGGUCAUGGGUGGCAACGACACCGUUCUGGCCACUUUAUCCGAAGGGAGUGUUUUCGGUGAGAUUAGCCUGCUCGGUAUUAAUGGUGCCGAUCGUCGCACUGCCGACGUUCGUUCUAAAGGUUUCGCCAAUCUCUUUGUCCUAUCUAAAGCCGAUUUAAAUGAAGUAAUAGCUUAUUAUCCUAGCGCGCAAGCCAUUUUGAAGAAACGUGCUCGGGCUUUAAUGCGCAAAAAUGCCGCUCGUGAGAAGCAAGAACAACAGGCUCGACAUCGCACUUUACAAGCUGAUGUCGUGAUCGGUAAUCCCAAGACUCCAGAAAAUCAGCCCAAACUUUUACAAACAGUUAUCCAGGCUUUGCCCUACGAAUCGCCUGCUGUUCUACUUAUUACACGAGGCUCAAAACGAACGCGAAAGCAACGGCUCUCAACAAAAAUGGAAACUAUUGAGGAUUGCGAAGUUGACGAAGUGAACAAAAACCGCGCUUUGAAAAAACAUGACAGCUUUUUAUUAGCCAAGGACUCGAGGGCGAAUUCACCAGACCUCCUAUCAUCCAUACAGAACGAGUUGCAAAAUAAAAAUCAAUUUAUAAAUUUAACUGAUUCUGAGAAAGCCCUCAUAGUCUCCACUACCUCGAGCAAUGAUUCCAUAGUUGUAGAAGACUUGGAAGAAUGUGGAAUGUGAAAUAUCUGAAAACUGUAAUCAUCUAACUUGUUCUAAUGGCGUUUCCUUUACGUGUCCAUAAUUUAAGUCAAAAUAAAAUAAAUGUUUUGUGUACGCUUUUCAAUCUUAAAAUUUAGAUGACUUUCUAGCUUGUCAUCGAGCCUGAUGGAGAAAGACUGCAAAGUCAGAUUUGUUCUUGUAAACUAAGUUGAAAGCCUUAACCGAUACUUUAGCAGAUGGAAAACGCGACAUCAAGUCUUCGUAUUCCUGUACAACCGUUUCGACUGUUGUGUACAAAAUGUCGGUGGUUUUAACCACACUUUUUUUUUUAGCAAUUUCAUUGCAAAGGUAGUCAGGCCAUCUCUAUGGUGCUCCGCGUGCCAGGUAGAGUACCGCGUUCACCCUCCGUUUAUAUAUACGUUAGUCGGUAAGGAUGUUUGUAUAGGUUCGAUGGAUUGCUUAAUGAAAAAAUUCUGAAGGCGCAUUCAAAGCAAAACGCAUUCUCACACACACACUUAUCUGAUAUACAUUUAUACUUUUAUUUUAUUAUAUGUAAUAUUUGAGAGGAAAAUAAUAACGCGAUUAUUAAUGCGAAAACACAAUGAUCUACACGAAACAGCUUGAUUUGAAUGAUUUUCACUAGCAAUGGGUAAAAUUCUAUACAUGUUAUUAUUAAAUAUAAUAAAUAUAUGAAUUAUUUUGUAAAUAAAUUAGCAAAAAUGUGUCUUCUUCUUUUCUUUUUUUUUUUUUUUUUCAUUAAACACGUAUGUAUGUAUCUAUGUGUUCUACUGGUAUUAUACAUAUUAGGCAUAACAUAUACUUAUAGAUAUAAGGUUUCUUUUUUAACAAAUUUGUUGCCGGGAAUUCAUCGGUGUAUACAACAAAUAUAUAUUACGAUAAAGCUCGCUUGCUUUCUUCUUCUUACGCUUUAAAAUGAAAAUUCUUCGAAUUUUUUAAUAAAACAUUUAAUUACUUUCUUUUUUUGAAAAAUAAAAAUCUCGUAUAUGUUUUUGAAACACAGGUCUUUGUCUACAACCGAAAUAUAAGUAACAAAAUUUCACUAACUCUUAUUACUUUUCGCAAGUCUUUAUGGAACACGAACAUCUUUCUUUCUUGUUUUUUUUUUUUUUUUUUUUUUUUU